CUCAGCCCUGCAGCACACACCACAGCAGCCUGUAACACAGUUCACAGCACCACGCCGCCGCCAUGAGAGUGUCUGUUACCUUGAUGUUGGUGGGAGCCGUGCUGAUGGCCAACCUACUCACUAUCAACGCAGUCCCAAGACUCUAUAGGAGUCUGAGCCGUCGGAGCGCAAGCUCAGAGACUCAUGGUGGAAGUAGCUCGAAUUCCGUUGAGCAUGUAGCAGUAGUGAAAAGGAGUCUGAGCCGUCGAAGCGCAAGCUCAGUAACUGACAGUGAUGGCAUAAGUGACUCGACUUCCGAGGAGAUUGCACCAGUAGUGAAAAGGAGUCUGAGCCGUCGGAUCGCAAGCUCAGAGACUCAUGAUGAAAGUGGCUCGAAUUCCGUUGAGCAUGUACCAGUAGUGAAAAGGAGUCUGAGCCGUCGGAGCGCAAGCUCAGAGACUCAUGGUGAAAGUGAAUCGAAUUCCUUUGAGCAUGUACCAGUAGUGAAAAGGAGUCUGAGCCGUCGCAGCGCAAGCUCAGAGAGUGAUAGCACAAGUGACAUGACUUCCGAGGAGACUGCACCAGUAGUGAAAAGGAGCCUGGGAACUUACUCCGCCCUCUAAGAAAGUAACUCACCCGGUGACAAUUAGACUGCAAUGGUGAAACGGAGCCUGACCUAUGAUACCAACGAACCCAAACUCGGAAGCCUCUCGCUGCGAUUGUGAUGCGGAUUAUGAAGACACACCACCACAUCUCACCCUCUCCUUAACGCUCCCUCCUUCAAGAUGAUGACCUAUACCCCUCCCCCCACCCUCUCUCUCUCUCUCUCUCUCUCUCUCUCUCUCUCUCUCUGGUGGGUACCUAUCAAAAGAGGAGGAAAGGACUUUCCGCGGCGAUAACCCCACGGCACCACGACUCAAGAUUUGCUCUUUUCUGCACACCGACUUCUGGCUUCUCGCUCGUGUUUCCUUUACUUCUUGUAGUUUUUAAUCUCCGUUUUUGUAGAAUUCACAUCAAAAUACUAUUUUUCGUCCUAAUUAUCCCGAUAUAUUUACCUUCUUAAGGAUUGGAAGUUCAUCAUGUAGUAGGAGUAAAAAUUCUUGUAUUAGAAGGCUUUUGUUGUUCAGAAAUUUGCACUACUCUAAAUUCAGUAAAAUUUUCAUCUAUC